AUGUCGCCUCCGUCGCUAGUUGUCUUUCGCACAGGAAACAUUAUUAUCACUGGCCGAACUAGUCUUGAAAAAUCAAAUCAAGAGCUUCUCAAUUCUCUUAGGCAAAACUUUGAAGAUGCAGCAUCACGAGCUACUAGUGAACAAUCAUCUUGGAUUGAGGUGAAAGGAGAUACAUUCUACGCCCCGGGUAUCGAGGAACCAGACGGCUUGAGUGAAGAGCGGUCAGAAUAUGAUAUUACAGUUAAACUCUUCUACCUCCCGGGGGUAUUCGUAUCCAAAAGAAGGGAUCACACACGAGAAGCCCUGCAAAACGUCUUCCGUGAACUCCGUGUAUCUUCGAUAGAUUUACUCAUCAUAUCUUUUCCUAAUAUUUCGUUCGAUGCAGAGGAUCACUCUCCCGACACAGAACCGACACAGGAAGAAGUCGAUGAAUGGGCAGAAACAUAUCAAACCCUAGAGACCCUCCAGCUGGAAGGCCAGAUCAAAAGGAUUGGUCUGUCAGAAUUCGGGGUUGCCCGCCUUUUGAAAUUACUUCCGAGAACGAGUAUUAAGCCUUCCGUGGAUCAAAUCAACGUCCGCGACUGUUGCGUAGUCCCGAAACCUCUCAUCCAGUUUGCGAGGGAGCAAAGGAUAGAGCUAUUGACUCACAAUGACUGCACCAACAUACUCCCAUCUUCUGCCCUUCAAGGUUUACUCCAAGAAAACCAUUUAGCCUUCGGGGGUUUCAAGAAUGUCGACCCACAGUGGGUGGUUAAAUAUACUGCUGUGAUCCAGGAUCGGGGAGUGGUGGAGAACAAAGGAUACUUCGCCAUGGCAAAAGUUGAUAUUGAUCGAACAUAG